GGCGACACGUGCGCUGCCCAUGAAGACGAGGUGGCGCCGGCUCUUGGCUGGGAGCAUCCACAGCUCUGCCAGGUUGUAGAUCACACAAGUUUCUAGGCUAGAAUUAGAGCGAGCGCGCAACACGCAUGGCUGGGAAUGAGUGGAUCAAUGGAUAUUUGGAGGCGAUUCUUGAUAGCGGCGUGGGAAUCGACGAGCAGCGCGCGAGCGAUCGCAAGGCGCCGGCGUCGCCCGAUCUUCUGGGAUUCAAUGCCAGCAAGUACUUUGUGGAGGAGGUCGUGAGUGGAUUCGAUGAGACGGACAUCCAUAGAACCUGGGUAAAGGCUACUGCCACCAGGAAUGUGAGGGAACGAAGCGCUCGAUUGGAGAACUUGUGCUGGAGGAUUUGGCACCUUACCAGGAAGAAGAAACAGAAUGAAGCCGAGCACGCACAGCGCGUGUCGCAUCGCAAAAUCCAGCGCGAGCAGGGCCUGCUGGAGACGACCGAGGAUUUAUCAGAGGGAGAGAAGGCCGAUCCUCCCGUGGAAGUUGUCCCCAACGAGAACGAGAACGAGAACGAGAGCUCGAUGAAGAGGAUCGCCUCCGACUUGGAAGAGACGUGCAACGCUCCUUCGAUCGCUCCCGCUAGCGACGAGCAGCAACACAAGGAGAGAAAGCUCUACAUUGUAAUGAUAAGUCUUCAUGGUCUUGUUCGUGGAGAAAACAUGGAGCUCGGUCGUGAUUCGGACACCGGAGGCCAGGUGAAAUAUGUUGUCGAGUUCGCGAGAGCUCUGGCUUUGAUGCCGGAAGUCUACCGUGUCGACUUGCUCACGCGCCAGAUCUCCGCUCCCGACGUGGAUUGGAGCUACGGUGAGCCGACCGAGAUGCUGUCCUCGGACGAGAACGUAGCCGGCGAGAGCAGCGGUGCUUACAUCGUCCGCAUUCCCUGCGGACCGCGAGACAAGUAUCUCCGCAAGGAGCUCCUCUGGCCUUACAUCCAGGAGUUCGUCGACGGCGCUCUCUCGCACAUCCUCAACAUGUCCAAAGUCUUGGGAGACCAGCUCUCGUCCGAAAAUCGCGUGUGGCCUUAUGUCAUUCACGGGCAUUACGCGGACGCCGGUGACAGUGCGUCGCUGCUCUCGGGAGCUCUCAACGUGCCGAUGGUGCUCACGGGCCACUCGCUGGGGCGGAACAAGUUGGAGCAGCUUCUCAAGCAGGGGAGACAGUCCAAGGAGGAUAUAAACUCGACGUACCGUAUCAUGAGACGGAUCGAGGGGGAGGAGCUCGCGCUAGAUGCGGCCGAGCUGGUGAUCACCAGCACGAGGCAGGAGAUUGUGGAGCAGUGGGGACUUUACGAUGGAUUCGACGUGAAGCUGGACAAAACUUUGAGAGUCCGGUUGAAGAGUGGAGUGAGCUGCGGAGGUCGUUACAUGCCUCGGAUGGUCGUGAUUCCACCCGGGAUGGAUUUUAGCAAUGUGAUUGUCCAGGACGCUGGUGAUGUUUUCGAAGGCGAGGGGGACGUUGCGUUCACUGGCACGGAAGCGGCGGCAGUGACGCCAGUUUCUCCACGGCCACAGCCACCAAUCUGGGGAGAGGUGAUGCGUUUCUUCGUCAACCCUCACAAACCCAUGGUUUUGGCUCUUGCUCGUCCGGAUCCCAAGAAGAACAUCACUACACUGCUCAAGGCUUUUGGAGAGUGUCGCCCCCUUCGAGACUUGGCAAACCUCACGCUUGUGAUGGGAAAUCGCGAUGAUAUCGACGAGAUGUCUGCUGCAAGCUCAAAUGUCCUUACACAAGCUCUCAAGCUUAUCGACAAGUACGACCUUUACGGCCAGGUUGCUUAUCCCAAACACCACAAGCAGUCAGAUGUUCCCGAGAUCUAUCGCCUCGCAGCCAAAACUAAGGGUGUUUUCGUAAAUCCAGCUCUGGUUGAGCCCUUCGGCUUGACACUUAUCGAGGCAGCAGCUCAUGGUCUUCCAAUGGUUGCGACGAAGAAUGGAGGGCCAGUCGAUAUAGCUACCACUCUCGAAAACGGUGUCUUGGUCGAUCCUCACGACCAGAAACAGAUCGCCGACGGCUUGCUCAAGCUGCUAGCUGACAGAAACGCGUGGCUAGAAUACAGAAGAAACGGCCUCAAGAACAUCCACUUGUACUCGUGGCCGCAGCACUGCCGGACUUAUCUCUCCAGAGUGGCACUGUGCCGAAUGAGGCACCCACAGUGGCAGAGCGACGACGUCUACGGCAACAUGGACGCUGAUUCUUUCGCCGACUCGCUCCGGGACGUGCAAGACAUGUCCCUCCGCCUCUCGGACGAUGGAGAGCGCAGCGGCUCGCUCAACAGCUCUCUGGAGAAAAUCCUCCGGGGAUCCAACAAGAACAUCGAGCAACUCAAGCAGGCGUUUGAGAAACACAUGCGAGCUCACGAGGAAUCCGACAUGUCGUCGCAGCAGCAGAGUAAUAGCAAUCACUCCUCGAACCGGCUGCCGUUUUCUCGCAAGAAACGGCGGUUAUUCGUCAUCGCGGUCGAUAGCUACGACGUCGAAGGGAGCCGGGACUGUCCUGCCAAGCCCAUGAUCAACGUUAUACAGGAGAUACUCAAGGCUGGCAAGUCGGACUCGGGUGGCCGAGCCACGAGCUUUGUGCUGUCCACGGCACUGACUUCGAGCGAGACUGUGUCGCUGCUGAGCUCCGCAGGAAUUGGAGUGGCCGAGUUCGAUGCAUUGAUAUGUAGCAGCGGGAGUGAGCUACUUUACCCGGGUGGAGGACAAAACUCGGACGAAACCAACAACAACUCGUCACCGGGUGAUCAGCAGCUAGUUUCUGAUCCAGACUACUCGAUCCACAUUGGAUAUCGGUGGGGUGGCGAGGGCCUCUCCAAAGCCAUGCAGCGUUUGAUUGCCAACAUGGGAUCAUCUCACAAAGAUGGAGAGGGGAAAGAAAAGGAAGAGGACUCGCAGAUGACCAUCUGCGGCGAGGAGAGCCGGGGUCACUCGCACUGCCUCGCCUACAGCGUCGGAAGCGGCUGCGAUAGCGACGUGCCGAAGGUGGAUUACCUCCGACAAGCUCUGCGGAUGCGAGGCUUCCGCUCCCAUGCCAUUUACUGCUUUGGAGCGACCAAGCUUCACGUCCUCCCUCUCUUCGCCUCCCGCUCACAAGCUCUAAGGUACUUGUUUGUGCGCUGGGGGAUUGAUGUAUCCAACAUGGUGUUGUUCGUGGGCGAGGACGGAGACACGGACUACGAGCAGCUCCUGGGAGGGACGCACCGGGUGGUGAUCCUCAAGGGGGCCGUGACCGCUGGCUCCGAGAGGUUUGUGCGAUCGAGCAGCAGUUACACGCGAGAGGACGUCGCUCCAAAUCCCUCGGACGGCCCCUACGUUGCGAUCACCCAGGACGAUUAUAGCAGCGAACAGAUCAUAGAUGCGCUCAAGAAAUUUUGAUUAAAUUUCCCCUGUAAUAAAACCCAGAUCAAAAUGGUUGAAGAUCCAUUGUGCA